UAAUUCAACAAGUAGCACUGCAAUAAACCACCCACCCACCAAAAUUUAAUUUGAUUGCAGUGGAAGUGGUGCGAAACGUGAACGUCCCAGCCAGCCAGCUAGCCAGCCAGCCAGCAGCCAGUCGUAUGGUUUAGGCUGUUGAAAUACAUCCGGAGUCCGGGGACCGUGUGUGCAUAUACAUUUCGUACAUGGGAACGUGCGUGUGGCUAGAAUAGAUUUACAUUUUGGAAGCAGUAAACAGAAGCAGACGAAACGAUACGAUACGAUGAGCUGCUUCAGUGCAAUGAACGCACCGCUGCUGGGUGAAAUGGAGCAGACGAUUGGCAUGCUGGAGCGGGGCACAAUUGUGACGAAGCUGUACGGCAAGCAGAGGCGUCCGGAUCGUCGCCAUCUAAUGCUUAUCAGGGAGACGCGUCAGCUGUUAUGGUCGACUGUGGCCGCCCAUACGCCCCGCACCGAUUUCGAGGGUGCGAUACAGCUGCGCGAGAUCCGUGAGAUACGUGUGGGCAAGCACUCGAAGGAGUUCCGCCUCUUUGCCGACGAUUGCCAGCGCUACGAGAACAGCAAAUGCUUUGUCAUUCUGUAUGGCAAUCACUUCAAGCUAAAGAGCUUCUCGGUGGUGGCUCUAUCCGAGAUCGAGGCCGACAAUUGGGUGCGUGGUCUGCGCUAUAUGGUCAAGGACACAGUGAAUUCCUCCUACCCGCUGCAGAUUGAUCGCUGGCUGCGACGUGAAUACUAUCAGAUCGAGAAUGUUAAUUCGCAUUCGGCCAAAUCGUCGGAACAAUCGCAGACACAGGUGACCAUCAAGGACUUUAAGAUGUUCCUGGCCAGCGUCAGCUGCAAGAUGACCACCAGCAAAUUCAUGGAGUGCUUCACCGACGAUGUGCGACGAAAGCAUGACCUCAAGUUUGAUGACUUUUCGCGUCUCUAUCAGAAGCUACUGCUGCCGCAAAGUUUCGCCAACAUUCUGUGCGGUGGCACAGCCGCUUCAAAUGCAUUUCCCUACUCGGAGGAUCAGCAGACGGUGCGUCCCACAGAGCUGAAGCGUUUUCUGGAGACCGAACAGCGUGAUCUGAAUGUGGGCGAGCUGAAUGCGGGCUCCAUAUCCGGUUUCAUACGUGAAUUUGUGCAGGAUGUGGAGCGAGAGGUGCAGGAGCCCUAUCUGACGCUCUCCGAGUUUGUCGACUACCUCUUCUCGAAGCAGAACGAUCUGUGGAAUAGCAAAUACGAUGCCAUCUUCAUGGACAUGAAUCUGCCGCUCUCCUCCUACUGGAUAGCCUCGUCGCACAACACCUACCUGACGGGCGAUCAAUUCUCCAGCGAAUCAUCGUGCGAGGCUUAUGCCCGUGCCCUGCGCAUGGGCUGCCGUUGCAUUGAGCUCGACUGUUGGAAUGGGCCCGACAAUCUGCCCUAUAUAUUCCAUGGCCACACAAUGACAUCCAAAAUCAAGUUCAUGGAUGUGGUAAAGACUAUCAAGGAUCAUGCCUUCACCACCUCCGAGUAUCCCGUCAUACUGUCCAUCGAACAGAAUUGCUCCUUAGAGCAGCAACGAAAUAUGGCACAGGCGUUAAUUGAGGUGUUUGGCGAUAUGCUGCUCACGCAGCCAUGUGACCGGAAUGAACAGCAUUUACCUUCGCCCUACCAGCUGCGACGCAAGAUAAUUCUAAAGCACAAGAAGCUGCCGCAAUACGAUGAAACGACAUUCAGCGGCGUGGGCAUAACUAAUGGUGGCAUAACAGCCGCUGCUGCAGCUGCUGCUGGUGGCGUCGGCUCAUCGCUUACCCAUCGAUCAUCGUUGGGCGGUGGCGUGGGCGAAAAUGAGGGUGAAAAUAUGCGCAAGGUAUUCAAAGAGGGGCUGCUGUACUUCAAGGAUCCCGUGGACAAGUCCUGGAAUCUCUAUCAGUUUGUGUUGACCCAACAAGAGCUCAUCUACUCCUCGGAGAUCAGCGAAUCACAUCGCAAUGGCACCUCAGAGGAUGAUGAUUUUGGUUUGUCGUCCUCCUGUUCCAUCAACAACACCAUGCAACAGAAACAAAAGGAUACCUCGGCCAAUGAUGAGCUGCAUUUUGGUGAAAACUGGUUUCAUGGCAAAUUGGAAGGUGGCCGCAAGGAAGCCGACGAUCUGCUGCAAAAGUAUAAACAUCUUGGUGAUGGAACGUUUUUGGUGCGCGAAUCGGCCACAUUUGUGGGCGACUAUAGCCUAUCGUUUUGGCGUCGCAAUCGACCGAAUCAUUGUCGCAUAAAACUGAAGCACGAGAGCGGCUCCAUUCGUUACUAUUUGGUGGAGAAUUUCAUAUUCGAUUCGCUGUACUCACUGAUUGUUUACUAUCGCAAGAAUAUGCUGCGCAGCUCUGAGUUUUCGAUAAUACUUAAAGAGCCAGUGCCACAGCCGAAAAAGCAUGAGGAUCAGGACUGGUUCCAUCCGAACACCACCAAGGAGCAGGCCGAGCAGGGCCUAUUCAAGCUGGAUAUUGGCUCGUUUUUGGUACGACCCUCGGUGCAGAGCAUCAAUGCGUUUGUCAUCUCGUUUACGAUCAAUCGAAAGAUCAAACACUGUCGGAUUAUCCAAGAGGGACGACUGUAUGCAAUCGAUACGAUGCAGUUUGAAUCGUUGGUCUCGCUCAUCCAUUAUUAUACGAGAAAUCCGCUGUAUCGCAAUGUGAAGCUCUGCCAUCCGGUGUCGCAGGAUCUGCUGCGACAGGCACUGGCCGAGCAUGCACAGCAAGGGGAUCAUGGUGGUGGCCAGAACGAUGGCAAUGGGGCCUCCAAUUAUAUGGGCUCCAAUCUGGAAGAGCAUGUCACCUGCAAGGCUCUGUACAGCUACAAGGCCAACAAACCGGAUGAACUGUCCUUUCCCAAGCAUGCCAUCAUCACGAAUGUCCAAAGGAACAACACCAUGUGGUGGAUAGGCGACUAUGGCGGCAUGAUCAAGAAACAUUUGCCAGCCAACUAUGUUAAGGUAAUUGAUGCUGCCACAGAGGAUUACAAUUCAGUGAAUGAGGAGGGCACCGAUGGCCGCACCGAUUCGAUUGAGAUCUACGGGGCCGUCGCCUCACUCUUUGAAUCCAAUGAGCCUGGCAUCAUAUUCAAGCUGCAGAUACAGACGCCAACGAUGCAGAAUCCAUUUGUGAUUGGCUUUGAUAAUCAGGAGACGGCCUACGAGUGGAUAAAGGCCAUCCAGGAGGCGGCCCUAAUCGCUAGUCAACUGGCCACAGAGCGGCGCAAAAAGGAGCGCACGGCUCGCGUGGCCAAGGAAAUGUCCGAUCUGAUAAUAUACUUUCGGAGUGUACCGUUUCGUGAGCACUCUUGGAUCUUCCAGGAGAUGUCCAGCUUUCCCGAAACGAAGGCUGAGAAGCAGUUCUUUCAGCAGAAUACACAGCUCUUUCUCUCCUAUCAUCGCAACCAAAUCAGUCGGGUGUAUCCCAAGGGACAGCGCCUGGACUCAUCGAACUUUAAUCCGGUGCCCUUCUGGAAUAUUGGAUCUCAGAUGAUAGCCCUCAAUUAUCAGACAGGCGAUAAGGCCAUGCAGCUGAAUCAGGCCAAAUUCCGGAAUAAUGGCCAAUGUGGCUACAUCCUAAAGCCGUCGUUUAUGAAGGCCGAAAGUUUUAAUCCAAACAAUCCGCUGUCCGAUGGCCUCAACGAAGUGCGUGUCAGCAUACGCCUGAUAGCGGCACGGCAUCUGUUUCGUGGCGGUAAAUCCAAUAAUCCACAAAUUGUGGUGGAAAUCAUGGGCGCCAGCUUCGAUACUGGUGUCAAAUAUCGCACCAAAGUCAAUGAGAAUGGCUUCAAUCCGGUGUGGAAUGAGGCCUGCGAGUUUACCGUGCGCAAUCCACAGUUUGCCAUCCUCCGUUUCGAAGUCCAGGACGAGGAUAUGUUUGCCGAGACCCAUUUCAUAGCGCAGGCCUGCUAUCCAUUGACCUGUGUGCGCCAGGGUUAUCGCAGUGUCAUACUGAGGAAUAAAUUCAGCGAGGAACUGGAACUAUCCUCAUUGUUGGUCAACAUUAAGAUAACAAAUAUCACAUCCACAUAGUCAGCCAUAACCCUGAAAGUAUCUGAUAACUGAACAAAACUUAAAGGGCAUUCCAUUUGCUGAAUAAUUCUGGAACAAAACCCCAUUUUACAUUCUCUUUCUUUUUCAAAGCAUUUAACGAAGGAGAGUAUAGAGGAGCACUCUCCACUCUCUUCCACAUAUUUCUAAAGCGGCAGAAUCCGUGCAAUAUAUUUUAUUCUAUGUCUACUUACACUAAAACCUAAUGGAUAGAGAUCUAUUUUUUAUCUGUGUUUUAGUCAAGCAUUUUUCAAGUAUAGUAUUUUCUAGUUCUAGUGCUUUAAGUUAUUUUCUAUGUACCAUUUUCGCCUCUGUCUCUGUUUCGUAUGUCGUAUCGUCUGAUUUUUUUAAACUUGUUAACGAAUGUCUCAUAUGCAUAUCAUGUCAUACACAUACAUACAUACAUACAUAUAUCUACGUUGUACACGUACAAACCAAACAAAAGCCCCCCUAAACUGUUUAAUGUUUACAUUAUUUUAAUGCCAAAUAAAGAUUUACCGGCGUUAGUUGUCUCUUAACUUUA